AUGGCGGGGUGGGGUGGAAUGGAGAGGGAGAGGGAGCGGGAGCGGGAGCGGGAGAGGGAGAGCAACCGCCGCCGGGAGCCGGAGGACGUGAUCGUGCUGUCACCGGGGCCGUCGGUCAGGAGGAGGCCGCCACCGGCGCCGGUGGCGAAGGCGGCGGCGGUGGAGGUGGAGAUGGAGUACCAGCCGCCGGAGAAGCUGUUCUACAAGACGAGGCUGUGCGAGACGUUCGUGUCGAGUGGGCGGUGCAUGUACGAGGGGGGAUGCACGUUCGCGCACGGCUCCGACGAGCUCCGCCCGUCGCUCACCGCGUGCGCCGGCGGGUGGAGGAGGACGGCGUCGUCGGGAGCUCCCUUGCCGCCGCCACCACCACCCCCACCCCCGCCCCCGCCGCCGGCGGUGGCGGCGCAGGCCGUGCACGACCUCGCCAGGGGAUCCGUCUCCGGCGGCGGCGGGCACCGCUCCAUCACCAAGGUGUGCUUCGAGUUCAGGGACAAGGGCACCUGCCAUUUCGGGGAGACGUGCGCCUUCCCCCACGUCUCCGCUGCAGAGAUCCGGCAGGGGUCAAGGCUGUCGAUGUCGUCGUCGGCGUCGGAGCUGCCGGCGCGGAGGAGCAUGGCGGUGACCGUGCCCAGGACGUUCGACUCGGUGCCCCCGGUGGCGCCGCCCUCCCGUGUCGGCGGCAACAACAACAGCAUCGGCUACGGCGGCGCGUCGUCCAUGCCCGCGGCCGGCAGCGACGACCACCAGCAGCCAGAUCAGGAGGGCCGGAAGCUCACCCGCCUGGAGAUCCUCAGCCGCAAGAAGAUGACUGGCAUCUACGGCGACUGGCUGGACGGAUUUGUUCAUCCAUGAAGAAACCAUGAUCCAUCCAUCGUCGCUCGCCACCAUGAUCUGCACCCUGACAUCGAUCAUUCUGCAUUGCUAGCUACCUCAUCGUCGUCAAGAACCAAAUUAAAACUCCCGAAGCGAACAGUUAAUCCUGCCAUUUAGGCCUCCUCCUCGUCGUCAAGAACUAAAUCAAAACUCCCAAAGCGAACAGUUCGAUCCUGCCAUUUUAGGCCGUGUCUAUCGGACUCUGUUGUGUCUUAAACUGUUGUUGAAUUCUGUGCGUGUAAGCAGACAGGACCGACCUGCAUUGCCGUCGUGUCGUAAGAACUGGAAUAUUUUAU